UCAAAAUAGAAGUUGCCUUUUCCAUAAUAUUUGUGUAUUGUGGUGCCAAGCAUAUAUAGCAUAAAACAUGAGUAAAAAGUAUAUUUCACACAGAUGUGUGUUACACGUGUGUUCAGUCAUUAUGGUACACCAUAGUAUAGGCAGCAGGUAGUCUUGUAGCAUUGUUAUCUUGUAAUCUGAAACGUUCUAGUUUGAAUCUCACUGCUGCUGUAGUACCCUGCAUGAUGAACUUACCCUAUUUUGAUACAUUAAAUACCCUGCUGUAUAAAUAACUAACUGCAUUAAUGGGUAUAUUGCUAUGAAGUUGAUUAUUUUGCAUGUUGAGUUAUCUUGAAUAAAAGUGACAGCUAGAUAAUGUUAAAGUAUGAAUAUUAUGUUUUGGGACAAAAUAUAAAUCUGUUGUCUCGUCAUUUGGUUUAUUUUAGGAAGAGGAAGAUCAAGACCAUGGGGGUGAAAGUACAGCGCCCUCGUUGCUUUUUUGACAUCGGCAUCAACAACGUGUUUGUGGGGAGAGUUGUUGUUGAGCUUUUCUCUGACGUGUGCCCUAAAACGUGUGAAAAUUUCCGCUGCCUCUGUACAGGUGAAAAAGGAAUUGGAAAAGGUACACAGAAACCCCUGCAUUAUAAGGGAUGCUUGUUUCAUAGAAUUGUGAAGGAUUUUAUGAUUCAAGGUGGAGACUUCAGUGAAGGCAAUGGUAGAGGUGGUGAAUCCAUCUACGGAGGGUUUUUUGAAGAUGAAAGUUUUUCGGUCAAACACAACAAGGAGUUCCUCUUGUCUAUGGCAAACAGAGGUAAAGAUACCAAUGGGUCACAGUUCUUCAUAACAACAAAGCCCACACCACAUUUAGAUGGCGUCCAUGUGGUCUUUGGUCAGGUGAUCUCAGGUCAGGAUGUGAUUAAAGUUAUUGAAAGUCAGAAGACGGAUGCCAGCAGUAGACCAUAUGCAGAAGUAAAAGUUCUGAAUUGUGGAGAGCUUAUUCCAAAAUCUAAAGCAAAAAAAGAAGAAAAGAAAAAACGUAGGUCUUCCUCCAGCGACAGUGACAGCGAUUCUGAGUCUUCAUCAGAUUCCUCCUCUGAGUCUGGAGAUUCUGAGAAAGAGUCCAAGAAACGGAAGAAAAAGCAAAAGAAGGAGUCCAAGAAAAGGAAGAAGGAAAAGAAAGAAAAGAAAGGGGGGAAAAGCAAUGAGGAGGACAGUGCUGAGGAGAAGAGUGAAGUCCAGCCAGUCUCCUCAGUGAGACCAGAUGAGAUCCCCCCUAUUCCAGAAAACAAGUUUCUUAUGAGGAGAAGCCCACAGCUUCAGCAGAAAGAGGAUGAUGUGAAAGAAAAGGAUAAGAGAAAAGAGAAACCAAGAGACAGCAUAGCAUUAAAUUCUCAUCCAUCAUCAUAUCGGAGGUUACUUGUGACAAGAUCUGGAAGGAAGAUUAAAGGUAGAGGGCCAAGACGCUAUCGAACGCCAUCCCGCUCUAGGUCCAGGUCAAGGGACAGGUUUCGGCGGAGUGAAACUCCUCCACACUGGCGCCAGGAAAUGCAGCGAGCUCAGAGGAUGAGGGCUCCUAGUGGAGAACGCUGGAUCAAAGGAGACAAGAGUGACUUAAUGGAGACUAAAAAUGAAGCGGUAAAGCCCCCAGCAAGAGGCAGGGAGCCAAAACCCUCAGAUAGCAAACAUGAUCCCUCAGACAGUCCGAGCAAAAACAAAGAGGAGAAAGAAAAGAGAGGUCACUCUCACAGGUCUUCAAGCAAAGAUAAGGAGACCCAAAAAAACACAGAGAAGGAGGACAAACACAGCAAGCACAAGACCAAGAAAAAAGCCAAAUCUAGAAGCCGUAGCAAAAGUAAGGAGAAGGCUGGGAAGUCUAGAAGCAGAGAACGGGAUCACAAGCGCAGUAAAGGUAGCGAGAAGAAGGCUCGAUCAAGAAGUAGGGAUAGAAAUGAUGCAAAAGGAAAAGAGAAAAUAGAUGAUUCAGGAUCAAAAGAACAUAAUAAACCUGCUGAGUCUGAAAAAGAUGACAAGAAAGGCAGAAAUGGGGAGAAGGCAAGAAUGAAGUCUAGAAGCAAGGAGCGGGAAUCAAACAGGGAACGGCACCGCAGGUCUGGUAGCAGGAGCCGAGAGCGAGCCAAGCGGGCAUCAUCCCGGGACAGAGAUCGUGAGCGAGAACGGGGAAGGGACAGAGAACACAGCAGAGGAAGAGAGCGAGAGCACAGCAGGAGCCGGGACCAACAGCGUCACCGUGACCGAGAGGACAGGAGGCGAGGCAGGUCCCGGAGCAGAGAGAGGAGGAGAAGCCCUGAUCAGAGCAAUAACAGGGACUCCAGGAGGAGCCGGCGUUCCCGAAGCAGGAGCAAGAGCACUGACAAAAACCACAGCCAGAACAAGGAUGGCUCUUCUCAUCUACAGAAGGUCAAGGAUGGCAAGGAGGGUGAGGAGCCUCGCAAGAAGAGGAGGUCCAAGAGUCGAGACAGCAGCGGCAACUCUGAGAGCGAAGCAGAGCGUGGGGGCAGAAGCAAGGACAACCGCAGCUCAGGGAGCAAGAGCCCUGGAUCCAAGAAGAGAGAGAGUAGCAGGCAGGCCAAGGAGAAGGAGAAACAAUCACCCAGUACUGACAGAAAUCAGCAGUCAAAGAGCCAGGAAAGAGAGAGGAAACAGAGCAAAGAGAAAAAAUAUAAUUCCAGCCCAAGUACAGAUGACAGUAAUUAGCAGCAUAUUUUUUUUUUUCCAUGAAUCUUGUUUAGAAAUUCUACCUUCUGAACAAAACAACUUAUUUGAUAUGAUUCAUCCAGCUGCAGACAUGUUGGAAUCAUAUCUUUUUAAAAAUCACUUCAGUUUGCUGUUGAAAGAAUUGGCAGCCUGGGAUAUUUACACUGAAGUUUUAUUAAAAACUUUAAAGCAAUGCAGAACCUUGUUUUGUUUGUCAGGUGUCGCUUGAGAUUGGAGUUAUUUUUGUAUUGCUUUGCUGGAUUUGGUCCUUCACCAACAUGAAACAACCUGUGCAAGUGCUGCACAGCAGCUCUUAAAGGAAUACAGAGUGACCCUUUCAGUUAUCCAGUGACAGACUUGCUUCUGUGCAGUUGCCUCUAUAGUAGGAAAUAAUACAAAAAAUAUAUAUUUUUUGGGCUCCCCCCCCUUUCAUUUUUCCUGUACUUCAAAAUCCUUGUCACCAUGACUUUUUUCACCCCUCCUUUCGAUCUCCUUUUCUGACUCGUUCACUGUAUGAGGAAUUGCAUUAUUUGAAAAGUUGACUCAAGCGAAUAUGGCAGCUGAAUUGAUCUUUUCCCCUUCUAUUUGAGAAAGAAAAUGUUGCGCUGCACCAUGUUAGUUUGGCAUCCUCUAUAUUACUUAUUCAGUACGUGAAAUACUGUAUUCAAACCAUCUGAGCUGCUCAAGGCAAAGUAGUUUUAAGUGAAUUAUCCUUCUUAGUGUGCAUAGAAGCCAUGGUCUUUAUCACACUGUGAUAAAUUGAAAGUGGGGCAGUUUUAUGAAUAAUUGUUGUUGCCUGUUUAAUAUAAAGUACAAAGUAAAGUAAAAAUGUAAUGGAAUUAAUAAAAAAAAAAAAAUCAAAGAAUCUGGAAUUUUAUGCCUUGGGGCAGCUCAGACAUGUUCUGUUUUUCAGGUUGGAAGGAAAAGUAAAAUGUGUUGUAGAUUCUUUUGAUUUUUGUUAACAUUUGCUUGAGUAAGGAUUGAAUUAGAUGCAUGAUUUCCCCCCAUUUAUAUUACAUACUGUGUAUUUGUUUCCUCUAAGUUGGGGAUGUCUGCACUGAGGGAAUGUUAUUAAUCUCUCUAAAACUGAGUUCACACUUUUUUUUUUUUUUUUUUAAACAUCGCAAUGAAUACCUUCUGAAAUGUCUUUUUGUGAAACCAUGUUUAUUAAAAAAACAAAACUACAUUGUACACAAACGAUUGGUGUAUAUACAGAAACAUUACACAUCUGCCUCAAAACUGUUCAUAAUCUGUUUUUGGACCAUAUGUCUACUGGGUGUAGCAUCCAAGGGUGAGUAGUUGUCCUUGUAAUUGAAAACCUCAAGCUUUAUAAUGUUAAAUAAUGAUUAGUCUGUUAAAAUAAAAUCCUGAAUACCACA